AUGCUCUUAUACCGUAAUGAUUGUUAUUUUAAAACUAGCUUUUUACCUUCGAGCUAUCGAGGUAAAGAUCUUCAGAGGAACUAUUGCCGGAAUCCACGCGGAGAGGAAGGGGGGCCCUGGUGUUUCACAAGCGAUCCGGGAACGCGGCACGAGGUCUGCAAGAUCCCUCUGUGCUCGGAAGUGGAGUGCAUGACAUGCAAUGGGGAAGGCUACAGGGGGCCAAUGGAUCACACGGAAACUGGCAAAGAAUGUCAACGUUGGGACCUCCAGAGGCCACAUAGACAUCCUUUCCGUCCAGAGAAAUACCCCGACAAAGGCUUUGAUGACAACUAUUGCCGCAAUCCGGAUGGUAAACCGAGGCCAUGGUGUUACACUCUAGACCCAAACACCCCCUGGGAGUUCUGCUCAAUUAAAACAUGCGCUCAGAACGUGGUGCGCAGCUCCUCCGCCGUUGUUGAAACAACCGAGUGCAUACAAGGGCAAGGGGAAGGCUACAGGGGCACGGUGAACACCAUCUGGAGUGGGAUUGAAUGCCAACGCUGGGACUCUCAGGUGCCUCACCAACAUAACUUCACGCGGGAGAACUUUAAGUGCAAGAUGCCCAAUUUUACAUUGUGCCAUUCGUUUACAUCCCCAAUGAAGAUCUUAGGACAUGAUGGUUACAAUCUGCCUUUUGAAUCUUCUCAUCCUUCCAUGGAACAUGAUGUCCCGAUGCUACUCCAUUUGCAGACCUUGUCACCGAUUCCCAACCAGGCUGAUUACAGUGGAAUUAGCUGCAAUUGUGACAACGAUCCAGUUUCUCUGAUGAGCAGCGUAGACAUGGCUUUCUGGAUCUGCGACCUGGUUGAGCAACUAAUUCACGUGGUCCAUUCCAUCGUGGUCUUGGGAUUGAGUGUUGUAUCAAGUGACAACCUAGUGAUGGGUGUUGUGAUGGGUCAGGUGCGGGUCACGUCAAGUGAAGGACUUGUGAUGGGUCUUGUGGAACUUGUGAUGGGUCAAGUGCAUAAUCUCAAAGACUAUCAGGCUUGGCUCGGCAUCCAUAACGUGGAAAGAGCUCAUGAAGAAAAGCAUAAGCAAGUCCUGAAUAUUUCCCAGCUGGUCUACGGGCCUGAAGGAUCAGAUAUAGUUUUACUGAAACUUUCCAGAUGCGCCCUUUCCUCGCCGGAGAACAAACCCGUCAUCGUCCAGGUCUCCGAGCCGGUUCUCCGCACGGCACAGUCGAGCCCCAUGUUAGAGGAAUGUUUGAGCGACGUCGUCCAGGUCUCCGAGCCGGUUCUCCGCACAACGCAUUCCAGACCUUUCUUCAACAGAUGCUUGCAAGACGCGGAACAGGACAGCAACGCCAACCUGAGCUUGUCCAGCGUGCAAAUUAACGAGAUAUACACUUGCUAUCCAGAGCUGGGCGAAGAGACGGAGGGGGACGAAGAGACGUCGAGAACCGAGCAGGACCCCGAUUCCCGCGGAAGAUCACCAGGCUCUCCCGGCGAUACGGCCGAUUUCUCUCCCCCUCGACUCAUCAAGAUCCGAGACCGCGAGGCGAGUCUGUCCUCGGACAACGAAACGGAAUACAGUCACGAGGACCUGAGCGGCUUCUCGGUGAUGAACGAGGUGCUCAAGAGCGCCCACGGCAAGCAUGAGAACGUCCAGUCCCAGUUCGAGCACAAAUUCGGCAAGUGCGUUCUCGAUCUCAAGAUCUGCCAAACUUUGCUCCAGCAAGCUACAGAUUCCCUCUCCCGCACCGAAACCAAACUGGGCCCGCUGCAGCGUUUCGACAAACCUCAGGAGUUGUUUUGGGGCACCCAGGCGAAGGAACAACUCCCCGUUGGGAUUCCUGUCCCCGGUUGCCAGGAGAAGCUGGAGAGCAUCUUGAGAAAUAUUCAACCUCCCUCCAACGGCGACCGCGCCCUGCAGUGGAAGACGGUGGGUCCUCCGACGGAGGCCUACGUGCCACCGCCGUUCCGUGUUCCGGGGGCAUACAGAUCCCGGGUGAUCCCGUCUUACCAAGCAUCUGAAAACAGACCCAAAAGUGCCAACCACAGCCCGGAUACCACCUACUGGAGCGAUUUUGGACCGGAAACAGCCAAAAGUCCCGUAAAUCCAAAAGGAACGGAGUCGAACUAUCAG